CCGGAAGUUUCCAGUAGCAGUUGUGAGUCAGCUGCUUGUCACCUGUUCUGUAGCUUUUGUCGCCGUUUCCUCCGGCAGUGCCCGGGCGCUCUUCUAUUUCCACCAUGGACGAGAACAGCCCGCUGGUGUCUCCGGAGCGGGAGCUUCCUGACUACACCUUCCAGUCUAAGCCUUCCCCGGUGUCCCCGGCACCGCUCAGCCCCGCCGCUCGCACCGUGCCCGGGGUAGUGGUUCGGAUCCCGCAGUCCUCCCCGCAGUGUGUCCCGGCGCCUUCUCCCCCCGGCUCCCCCACAGAGGAGAGGCAGCCGCUGCUGGAGCGCAGCCAUCACCGGAGCAAGAACUGCUUCCCGGACGACCCGGAGUUCACGGAGGUGGUGAGGCGGGCGGAGAGGGCGAUCAGCCGGGGCAUCUUCCCGGAGAGGAUCUACCAGGGCUCCAGCGGCAGCUACUUCGUCAAAGACGAGCAGGAGGAAGUCAUUGCCGUCUUCAAACCAAAAACAGAGGAGCCCUACGGCCAGCUGAACCCCAAGUGGACAAAGUGGCUGCAGAAGCUGUGCUGCCCCUGCUGUUUCGGACGGGACUGUCUUGUUCUGAACCAGGGAUAUCUGUCCGAGGCCGGAGCCAGUCUAGUAGACCAAAAACUGGAGCUAAAUAUUGUUCCUCGCACUAGGGUUGUAUAUUUAUCCAGUGAAACAUUUAAUUACAGCGCCAUAGACCGCGUCAAGUCCAGAGGGAAGCGGCUGGCGUUGGAAAAAGUGCCAAAAGUUGGUCAGCGGUUUAAUCGGAUUGGAUUGCCUCCUAAGGUUGGCUCCUUCCAGCUGUUUGUUAAAGGCUAUAAGGAUGCAGAUUAUUGGCUGCGGAGGUUUGAGGCGGAACCCCUUCCUGAAAAUACCAACCGGCAACUACAGUUACAGUUUGAGAGGCUGGUGGUCUUAGAUUACAUAAUCCGGAAUACAGAUCGAGGCAAUGACAACUGGCUGAUAAAGUACGACUACCCCAUGGAGAAUGCAGCGUCCAGGGAUUCAGAUUGGAUCUUAGUAAGAGAACCCAUCAUCAAGAUCGCUGCUAUUGACAAUGGUUUGGCCUUCCCGCUCAAGCAUCCCGAUUCCUGGAGAGCCUAUCCUUUCUACUGGGCCUGGUUACCACAAGCCAAAGUUCCAUUUUCACAGGAGAUCAAAGAACUCAUCCUCCCGAAAAUCUCAGACCCCAAUUUUGUGAAAGAUUUAGAGGAAGAUCUCUAUGAGCUUUUUAAGAAAGAUCCGGGGUUUGAUCGAGGACAGUUCCACAAGCAGAUAGCCGUUAUGAGGGGGCAGAUCCUCAACUUGACUCAAGCUCUUAAAGAUGAAAAGAGCCCAUUGCAGUUGGUCCAGACUCCGCCUGUCAUAGUGGAAACGGCGCGGUCCCAUCAGAAGAGCACCAGCGAGUCCUAUACACAGAGCUUCCAGAGCCGCAAGCCAUUCUUUUCCUGGUGGUAACACACAGACAACCACUUGCUUCGGAAACACCAGAAAGGUGUCAGUCUGCAGCUGUAAAGCCACUACUUGGACAUCAAACGAGAUGAAAACUGACAAGUGGAGAGAACUUAGUCUGGAUUUUUGGAGCGCUAUUAUAAUUGACUAAUUCACUGCCAUGGAAUAUAUACUAAACUAAAUCCAUUCCGGGUGCAUGCAUGCGGCAUUAGGGAUGCAAUACGACACCGCGUGUAAUCACAGAAUUCAAGCCAAGAUGAAGCUUUACCCUUUAAUUGUAUUAUUACCGAAUCCAUCCAAGAAAUGCUAGCCAGCAGUAAAACGUCCACACUACCUGAUACUACUACAUAUAGUACCUGUGCACUUUCUCCUAGAGCAGAUUGCUGGAAGUUGUAGUUCCACGGAUCUGGCUCUUCCAUAAACCUGAUUUUAAAAUAACCUAGUCAUGCACGCCAGCCUUGCAACGAAAUUUCUAGAACUAGAGGUACCGCAUAGGUAUGACAUGUGCAUGUUCUAGAUUACUGGACAGUGCAUCGUACAGACUGCCACCUAAUGGAUGCCAGUGGUAUUGCAUGCACUGGUAGUUGUACAGUCUGUAUGAAGGCAGUGGGGGAACUUGUUUUCCCAGCCUCUUGCUCCGUGUGUGUGUGUAUAGGGGAUAUACACACAGUGACACGCUCGUGAUCCCUGCACAUGCUCCAAAGUUUAAGUUACAAAACCCUCAGUGAGGGUUGUAUUAUAUUUUUUAAAGGUACAGAUAGCAUCGGUUGUGUUUUAGCCUUCUCCAUAAAAUCUGCUAUUUAUAAUUUCGGCAAAUCUUUGUGGAUUUGUUCAGAAAGGAAAACUGGCUGUUAAAAAAACAAACAAUUUUUUUUUUAAACACAAACCCUAUGGCAGAUAAAAUAAAUGUUAACCAGUUAAAGGUC